AUGGGGAACUCCUGCUGUGUUUCCUACACAAUCAAAUUCCCUUGUUGUCUUAAAGUUGAUGCAGCGCACAAGCAGAAUCAUGGGGAAGCUUUGAAGAUUGUUAAGUCAGACGGGAAGGUGUUGCAGUUCACCACGCCAACUCUAGUUAAAGAUGUGUUGGUCAAUUUCACUGGCUUCGUGAUUGGAUCCUCACAGGAUGUCUCUGACCAUCACCAUCUGUCUCCCGACUUUGAGUUGAAGAUGGGUCAAGUUUAUUACAUGCUUCCUUCUCCCCAAGCCGCGGCCCCUCCUCCACCUCAUACCUUCAUCCAAGAUUUACACAAAAGCAGCAGCACAAGGAGAGUCAGAAUCGUUUUAACAAAGAAAGAACUGCAACAGUUACUGGCCAAAAAAGUGGCAAUGAAAGACCUAAUUAUGCAUCAGCUUCAGCACACCACGUUGUAUAGUAAUCUUGAAUCUUCUUCAACUUGGAAACCAGCACUGGCAGCCAUUCCCGAAGGAAAUGAAGCUUAG